UCCUCUGCUGCAUUGAACUUGGUUAGAUGCACAGAGCUGCAGCAGCAAUCACGCAUCUCACUCAGAAAUCUGCUGAUGUUACAUCCUCAUGCGUCAACGAUCAGUUAACGCGAGUGACUGUCCUCCACGGCUGCGUGGGCUGCAGGACGUACGAGGUGCCGCCCCCCGCCACGGUCCGUGAUAUCAAGGAGCUGAUUUACCAGGACACCGACUUUCCGGCGUCUGAGCAACAGCUGUGCCACCGCGGUCGGGAGUUAUCUGAUUGGAUCAAGAUUGGAGACCUCACUUACAAAAAUUAUGAUCUUUUCGUAAACCUUCAAUCAAAAGGCUUAAAAGGAGGAGGCCGAUUUGGUCAAACAACUCCACCUCUUGUUGAUUUUCUUAAGGAUAUUUUAAGAAGGUAUCCAGAAGGAGGACAGAUUCUUAAGGAAUUAAUUCAGAAUGCAGAAGAUGCUGGGGCCACAGAAGUUAAAUUUUUAUAUGAUGAAACUCAAUAUGGAAAGGAGACUCUCUGGUCAAAAGAUAUGGAGCAAUAUCAAGGGUCUGCACUUUAUGUGUAUAACAAUGCAGUUUUUACUCCUGAGGAUUGGCAUGGCAUUCAGGAAAUAGCAAGGAGCAGGAAAAAGGAUGAUCCACUAAAAGUUGGAAGAUUUGGAAUUGGGUUUAAUUCGGUCUAUCAUAUAACAGAUGUUCCUUGUAUCUUUAGCGGUGACCAGAUUGGAAUGUUAGAUCCCCAUCAGACACUUUUUGGCCCCCAUGAAUCAGGACAGUGUUGGAAUCUAAAAGAUGACAGUAAAGAAAUUAGUGAAUUUUCAGACCAGUUUGCACCAUUCAUUGGUGUUUUUGGAAGCACCAAGGAAACUUUCUUAAGUGGCAACUUUCCUGGAACUUUUUUUCGUUUCCCUCUUCGCCUACAGCCUUCACAACUGAGUAGUAAUCUGUACAACAAGCAAAAGAUUCUUGAGUUGUUCGACUCCUUCAGGGCAGAUGCAGAUACAGUGCUUCUCUUUCUGAAAAGUGUGCAGGAUGUCUCCUUACAUGUUCGAGAGGCUGAUGCAGAGAAACUGGUAUUUAGGGUAACAGCGAGUGAGAAUAAAGCCCUGAAACAUGAGCGACCCAAUUCCAUCAAAAUAUUGGGAACAGCUAUAAGUAAUUAUUGUAAGAAAGUUCCAAGCAACAGCAUUACAUGUGUGACAUAUCAUAUAAAUAUAGUUUUAGAAGAUGAGAGUACUAAGGAUGCACAAAAAACAUCUUGGCUGGUGUGUAACAGUGUAGGUGGUCGAGGAAUUUGCAAUGAACUGGAUUGUUUGGCUGAUGACUUGAAAUUUGUCCCAACCAUUGGCAUAGCUAUGUCUUUAUCAAGCAGUGAAGAAGAAACAGGAGCAAUAUCUGAUUUCUCAGGAAAAGCAUUUUGUUUUCUUCCUUUACCCCCUGGUGAAGAAAGUAAAACAGGUCUUCCAGUUCACAUUAGUGGGUUCUUUGGUCUCACUGACAACCGUAGAAGUAUUAAGUGGAGAGAGUUGGAUCAAUGGCGAGAUCCAGCAGCUUUAUGGAAUGAACUUCUUAUUAUGAAUGUUGUCCCAAAAGCAUAUGCCACUUUGGUCUUGGAUUCUGUAAAACGGCUGGAGACUGAAAAAAACUCAGACUUUCCCUUGUCUGUUGAUAUUAUCUAUAAUCUUUGGCCUGAAAUGAGCAAAGUUAAAGUACACUGGCAACCAAUUAUAGAACCUCUUUUUAACGAGCUGUUUCAAAAUGCAGUUAUUUAUUCAAUCAGUAAUCACUGGAUAAAGUUGGAGCAGGCAUAUUUCUCAGAACUAGAUGAAAGCUUGGAAUACACAAAAGCUGUGCUCAACUACCUCCAGAGCUCAGGGAAACAGAUUGUCAGAGUACCAGCAAAUAUUUCUAAUGCGAUUCAGCUUACAGCCUCUAGUGCUAAAUCUGUGAAGAAAGUGACUCCUGCUUUAGUGAGGCAGGUGUUGAAGAAAUGUGGACAUUCAGGCACUGCUGCUGAAAAGCUGCAACUUUUAGAAUUUGUGCUCUCAGAUGCAGCUUAUCAUGAACUUCUUGGGUUGGACCUUCUACCUUUACAAAAUGGAAAUUUUAUUCCCUUUUCUUCAUCUGUAUCAGAUCAAGAUGUAAUUUAUAUUACCUCAGAAGAUUAUCCAAGGUCCCUUUUCCCAGGUCUUGAAGGAAGAAUUAUUUUCAAUGACUUGAAACCCCAAAUUCUAGCUUCUUUAAAGGAAGCUGCUCAAACUCGAGGAAGACCCUGCACUCAACUGCAGCUUCUGAAUCCAGAACGAUUUGCACGUCUUAUUAAAGAAGUAAUGAAUACAUUUUGGCCUGGCAGAGAAUUGGUAGUUCAGUGGUAUCCAUUUGCUGAAGACAGUGAUCAUCCAUCUGUUGCAUGGCUUAAGAUGGUCUGGAAGAAUCUCUAUAUACAUUUUUCAGAGGAUUUGUCUCUAUUUGAUGAAAUGCCACUUAUUCCUAAGACUACAUUGGAGAAAAGUCAGACAUGUGUGGAGCUCAUUAGACUCAGGAUUCCAUCACCAAUUAUUUUAGAUGAUGAAUCUGAAGCACAGCUUCCCGAAUUUUUAGCAGACAUUGUACAAAAGCUUGGAGGCAUUGUCCUUAAAAAACUAGAUUCUUCUAUACAGCAUCCUCUUAUUAAAAAAUAUAUACAUUCCCCAUUACCCAGUGCUGUUUUGCAGAUAAUGGAGAAGAUGUCAUUGCAGAAACUGUGUAAUCAAGUAGCUUCACUGCUUCCAACACAUAAAGAUGCUCUGAGGAAAUUCUUAGCUAGUUUAAAUGACAUAAAUGAAAAGGAAAAAAGAAUCAUUCAGGAAUUGACAAUAUUUAAAAGAAUUAAUCAUUCAUCUAGUCAAGGGAUUUCUUCUUUUACAAAAUUGAAAGGUUGUAAAGUGUUACAUCAUACUGCUAAACUUCCACCAGAUCUGAGACUCUCCAUUCCAGUAAUUGAUAACAGUGAUGAAGCUACCAUACGUUUGGCAAAUAUGUUGAAAGUAGAGCAGCUAAAAAGCACUGGCUGCUUAAAGUUUAUUUUAAAAGAUAUUGAAAAUGGCUUUUAUUCUCAUGAAGAAAUAACACAGCUUAUGCUAUGGAUUCUUGAACAUCUGUCCUCUCUGAAAAAUGAGAAUCCACAUGUAAUUGAUUGGGUAAUGCCAUUAAAGUUUAUUCAGAUUUCACAGGGACACAUUGUUUCAGCCAGUGAACUCUUUGAUUCUGAUAUUGGUAUGCUGCAAGAUUUGUUUUAUGCUGAAGAAGAAAUCUCCUUUCCACCUAGUAUUUUUACUUCUUCAGACAUUCUUCAUGCUUUGAGACAGAUAGGGUUAAAAAAUGAAAACAGUCUCAAAGAAAAAGAUAUCGUACAAGUGGCAAAAAAAAUUGAAGAAUUACAAGUUAGUUCUAGCCCAAAUCUGGAUGCUCUUUUAAAGAAAGCUAAAACUCUCUUAAUGGUUUUGAAUAAAAAUCAUACAUUAUUACAGUCACCUGAAGCAAAAGCAACACUGAAGAAGAUAAAGUGGGUUCCAACAUGCAAGGAAAGGCCUCCAAAUUAUCCAGGAUCUUUAAUCUGGAAAGGAGACCUUUGUAAUCUUUGUUUACCACCAGAAAUGUGCGAUGUAGCUCAUGCCACUUUAGUUGGUUCAUCAGUUCCUCUUGUUGAAAGUGUCCAUGCAAAUUUGGAAAAAACUCUUGGCAUAUUCACAAAACCUAGUAUAAAUGCAGUCUUAAAACACUUUAAGAUUGUUGUUGAUUGGCAUAGUUCAAAAACUUUUAGUGAUGAAGACUAUUACCAGUUCCAACAUAUUUUGCUUGAAAUUUAUGGAUACAUGCACGAUCAUUUAGAUGAAGGCAAGGAAGCUUUUAAAGCUUUGAAGUUUCCAUGGGUCUGGACAGGUAAAAAAUUUUGUCCCCUAGCGCAGGCAGUAAUAAAACCAAUACAUGAUCUUGAACUUCAGCCUUAUUUGCACAGUGUGCCUAAAACUAUGGCAAAAUUCCACCAGCUAUUUAAGGCCUGUGGUUCGAUAGAAGAGUUGACAUCAGAUCAUAUUUCCAUGGUCAUUCAGAAGAUAUAUCUUAAAAGUGAUCAAGAACUCAGUGAAGAAGAAAGUAAACAAAAUCUUCAUCUUAUGCUGAAUAUUAUACGAUGGUUGUAUAGCAGUCAGAUCCCAGCAAGCCUCAAUACACCAGUACCAAUUCACUAUAGCAAGAAUCCUUCUAAACUUAUGAUGAAACCGAUUCAUGAAUGUUGUUAUUGUGAUAUUAAAGUUGAUGAUCUUAAUGACUUACUGGAAGAUUCUGUGGAACCAAUCAUUUUGGUGCAUGAGGACAUACCCAUGAAAACUGCAGAAUGGUUAAAAGUUCCAUGCCUUAGUACAAGACUGAUCAAUCCUGAAAAUAUGGGGUUUGAGCAAUCAGGACAGAGAGAACCACUUACUGUAAGAAUUAAAAACAUUCUGGAAGAAUAUCCUUCAGUUUCAGAUAUUUUUAAGGAGUUACUUCAAAAUGCUGAUGAUGCAAAUGCAACAGAAUGCAAUUUCAUGAUUGAUAUGAGAAGAAACAUGGACAUAAGAGAGAAUCUUUUAGACCCUGGGAUGGCAGCCUGCCAUGGGCCUGCUCUGUGGUCAUACAACAAUUCUGAAUUCUCAGAUUCUGACUUUAUAAACAUAACUAGAUUAGGAGAAUCUUUAAAAAGGGGAGAGGUUGAUAAAGUUGGAAAAUUUGGUCUUGGAUUUAAUUCUGUGUACCAUAUCACUGACAUUCCCAUCAUUAUGAGUCGAGAGUUCAUGAUAAUGUUUGAUCCAAAUAUAAACCAUCUCAGUAAACAUAUUAAAGAUAAAUCUAACCCUGGCAUCAAAAUUAAUUGGAGUAAACAACAAAAAAGACUUAGGAAAUUUCCUAAUCAAUUUAAGCCAUUUAUAGAUGUGUUUGACUGUCAGUUACCACUAACUGUAGAAGCACCUUACAGUUACAAAGGAACUCUUUUCCGACUUUCAUUUAGAACACAACAAGAAGCUAAACUGAGUGAGAUCAGUAGUACUUGCUAUAAUACAGCAGACAUUUACUCCCUUGUGGAUGAAUUUAGCCUCUGUGGACAUAGGCUCAUCCUUUUCACUCAGAAUGUCAAUACCAUGUUUUUGAAGUACUUGAAAAUUGAAGAAACCAAUCCUGGUUUAGCACAAGAUAUAAUUGUCAUUAAAAAAAACAUUUGUUCCUCCAAAGCAUUAAAUGUACCUAUUGUAAGUGUUUUGAAAGAAGCUGCUAAGCUCAUGAAGACCUGCAGUAGCAGUAAUAAAAAACCUCAGAUAGAUAUGCCAAAGUCAUCUUGCAUAUUACAGAUCACAGUUGAAGAAUUUCGGCAUGUGUUCAGAAGAAUUGCUGAUUUGCAGUCACCACUUUUUAGGGGCCCAGAUGAUGAUCCAGCUGCCUUAUUUGAAAUGGCAAAAUCAGGACAAGCUAAAAGGCCAUCUGAAGAACUACCACAGAAAACAGUGGAUUCUACAACAUGGCUAAUAUGUACCUGCAUGGAUACUGGAGAGGCUUUAAAAUUUUCCCUGAAUGAAAGUGGAAGAAGACUUGGGCUUGUUCCUUGUGGUGCAGUAGGAGUCUUAUUUUCUGAAGCCCACGAUCAAAAAUGGACUGUGAAACAACACAUUGGUGAAGUUUUCUGCUAUUUACCUCUGAGAAUAAAAACAGGGUUGCCUGUUCACAUCAAUGGCUGUUUUGCAGUUACUUCAAAUAGGAAAGAAAUAUGGAAGACAGAUACAAAAGGAAGGUGGAACAAUAUAUUCAUGAGACAUGUUAUUGUUAAAGCCUACCUAGAAGCACUUAGUGUUUUGCGAGAGUUAGCCGUAAGUGGAGAGCUAAUUGAUUAUACUUACUAUGCAGUGUGGCCUGAUCCUGAUUUAGUUCAUGAUGAUUUUUCUGUGAUAUGCCAAGGUUUUUAUGAAGAUAUAGCUCAUGAGAAAGGCAAAGAAAUGUCUAGAGUCUUCUCUGAUGGAUCCAUGUGGGUUUCUAUGAAGAAUGUGAGAUUUUUAGACGAUUGUAUACUUAAAAGAUCAGAUAUUGGUCCUGCUGCUUUCAAGAUCUUUUUAAAAUACCUUAAGAAAACUGGAUCAAAGAAUCUCUGUGCUGUUGAGCUUCCUUCUUCAGUAAAAUUAGGAUUUGAAGAAGCAGGUUGUAAGCAGAUACUUCUUGAGAAUACAUUUUCUGAAAGACAGUUUUUUUCAGAAGUAUUUUUCCCAAAUAUACAAGAAAUUGAACCAGAACUUCGGGAUCCUUUAAUGUAUUUUGUUUUAAAUGAAAAGGUUGAGGAAUUCUCUGGAAUUCUUCGUGUAACUCCAUGUGUUCCUUGCUCUUUGGAGGGCCAUCCUUUAGUCUUGCCUUCAAGGUUGAUCCAUCCUGAAGGACGAGUUGCAAAGUUAUUUGAAAUUAAAGAUGGAAGAUUUCCUUAUGGAUCCACCCAGGAUUAUCUUAAUCCUAUUAUCUUGAUUAAACUUGUCCAGUUAGGAAUGGCAAAAGAUGAUAUAUUAUGGGAUGACAUGCUAGAACGGGCAGAGUCAGUAGCUGAAAUUAAUAAAAGGGACCAUGCUGCUGCUUGCCUAAGAAGUAGCAUUUUAUUGAAUCUUAUUGAUGAGAAACUAAAAAUUAGGGAUCCUAGAGCAAAAGAAUUUUCUGCAAAAUAUCAAACAAUCCCUUUUCUCCCAUUUUUAACAAAACCAGCAGGUUUCUCUCUGGAGUGGAAAGGUAGCAGUUUUAAGCCUGAAACUAUGUUUGCAGCAACUGAUCUUUAUACAGCUGAGUACCAAGAUAUAGUUUGUCUUUUACAACCAAUUCUCAAUGAAAAUUCUCAUUCUUUUAAAGGUUGUGGUUCAAUGUCAUUGGCUGUCAAAGAGUUUUUGGGGUUGCUUAAGAAGCCAACAGUUGAUUUGGUUAUAAACCAGUUAAAAGAGGUUGCAAAAUCACUUGAUGGAAUUACAUUGUAUCAGGAGAAUAUCACCAAUGCUUGCUACAAAUACCUUCAUGAGGCAAUGCUACAAAAUGAAACCACAAAGACAGCAAUUAUUGAACAGCUUAAAACUUAUAAUUUCAUCUUAGUUGAGAAUGCUUAUGUUGAACCAGAAAAAGUAUCAUUUCAUUUAAACUUUGAUGCAGCACCAUAUCUUUAUCAGUUGCCAAAUAAAUACAAAAAUAAUUUCCGUGAACUCUUUGAAAGCAUAGGUGUGAGAUCUUCAUUUACAGUUCAAGAUUUUGCCCUUGUUUUGGAAUCAGUAAAUCAAGAGAGAGGGACAAAACAAAUAACUGAAGCAAACUUUCAGCUUUGCAGACGAAUUAUUAGUGAAGGAAUAUGGAGUCUUAUUAGAGAAAAGAAUCAAGAAUUUUGUGAGAAAAAGUAUGGCAAAAUAUUGUUACCAGACACUAAUCUUGCUCUUUUGCCUGCUGAAUCAUUAUGUUAUAAUGAUUGUCCCUGGAUAAAAGUCAAGGAUACCACUGUAAAAUACUGUCAUGCUGAUAUUCCUAGGGAAGUAGCUGUAAAACUUGGAGCAGUACCAAAGCGACAUAAGGCCUUAGAAAGAUAUGCUUCCAAUAUCUGUUUUACAACACUUGGAACUGAAUUUGGACAGAAAGAAAAACUGACCAGUAGGAUUAAAAGUAUCCUUAAUGCUUAUCCUUCAGAAAAAGAAAUGUUGAAAGAACUCCUUCAAAAUGCUGAUGAUGCUAAAGCCACAGAAAUUUGUUUUGUGUUUGAUCCAAGACAACAUCCAGUUGAUAGGAUAUUUGAUGAUAAGUGGGCACCACUACAAGGGCCAGCACUUUGUGUAUAUAACAAUCAACCAUUUACUGAAGAUGAUGUCAGAGGAAUUCAAAACCUUGGAAAAGGUACAAAAGAAGGAAAUCCUUGUAAAACUGGACAAUAUGGCAUAGGAUUCAAUUCUGUAUAUCACAUUACUGACUGUCCUUCUUUUAUUUCUGGUAAUGACAUACUCUGUAUCUUUGAUCCUCAUGCAAGAUAUGCACCAGGAGCUACAUCAGUUAGCCCUGGACGCAUGUUUAGGGAUUUAGAUUCAGAUUUCAGAACACAGUUCUCAGAUGUUCUAGAUCUCUAUUUAGGUGAUCAUUUUAAACUAGACAAUUGCACAAUGUUUAGAUUUCCACUUCGUGAUGGAGAAAUGGCCAAAGUUUCAGAAAUUUCCUCUGUUCCAUCAUCAGACAGAAUGGUUCAGAACCUUUUGGAUAAAUUGCGGUCAGAUGGGGCAGAACUUCUUAUGUUUCUUAAUCAUAUGGAAAAGAUUUCGAUUUGUGAAAUAGAAAAGGCAACAGGUGCACUAAAUGUACUAUAUUCAGUAAAAGGCAAAAUAACUGAUGGAGACAGACUAAAGCGGAAGCAAUUUCAUGCAGCUGUAAUUGACAGUGUUACAAAAAAGAAGCAACUGAAAGACAUACCAGUACAACAAAUUACAUAUACUAUGGAUACUGAAGACUCUGAAGGUAACCUUACUACAUGGCUAAUUUGUAACAGAUCAGGAUUUUCAAGCAUGGACAAAGUUUCUAAGAGUGUUAUUUCAGCUCAUAAAAAUCAGGAUAUUACUCUUUUUCCACGUGGUGGAGUAGCAGCUUGUAUUACUCAUAAUUAUAAGAAACCCCAUAGAGCCUUCUGCUUUUUGCCACUCUCUUUAGAAACAGGGCUACCUUUUCAUGUAAAUGGACACUUUGCCUUAGACUCAGCAAGAAGAAAUUUGUGGCGGGAUGAUAAUGGAGUUGGUGUUCGAAGUGACUGGAAUAAUAGUUUGAUGACUGCUUUAAUAGCACCAGCAUAUGUUGAACUGCUGAUUCAGUUAAAAAAGCGUUAUUUCCCUGGUACUGAUCCCACAAUGUCAAUUUUACAAAAUACAGCUAUUCAUGUUGUAAAAGACACUUUAAAAAAGUUUUUGUCAUUUUUCCCAGUCAACAGACUUGACCUGCAACCAGAUUUAUAUUGUCUGGUGAAAGCACUUUACAUUUGUAUUCAUGAAGAUCAGAAACGCUUAUUACCUGUGGUAAGGGCUCCAAAUAUUGAUGGCUCAGAUUUACAUUCUGCAGUUAUUAUCACUUGGGUUAAUAUGUCUGCUUCAAACAAAACAAAACCAUUUUUUGACAACUUGCUUCAGGAUGAAUUACAACACCUUAAAAAUGUAGAGUACAAUAUCACAACACGUAAGACUAUAGCAGAAAAUGUUUACAGACUAAAGCAUUUACUUUUAGAAAUUGGAUUCAACUUGAUAUAUAAUUGUGAUGAAACUGCCAAUCUUUACCACUGUCUUUUAGAUGCAGAAAUUCGCAGCUAUGUAACUCCUGCUGAUGUUCGGUCAUUUUUGAUGACAUUUUCUUCUCCUGAUACUAAUUGCCACAUUGGGAAAUUGCCUUGCCGCCUUCAGCAGACUAAUUUGAAGCUAUUUCACAGUUUAAAGCUUUUGGUAGAUUAUUGCUUUAAGGAUGCAGAAGAAAAUGAGAUGGUAGUUGAAGGACUGCCACUUCUUAUUACAGUUGAUAGUGUUUUGCAAAUUUUUGAUGCAAAACGUCCCAAAUUUCUUACAACAUAUCAUGAAUUGAUACCUUCCCGCAAGGAUUUGUUUAUGAAUACGUUAUAUUUGAGAUACAGCAAUAUUUUAUUGACUAGCAAGGUUGCAAAAGUUUUUGAUAUUACCAGUUUUGCUGAUUUGUUAUCCUCUGUGUUACCACGUGAAUAUAAAACUAAAAGUUGUACGAAGUGGAAAGAAAAUUUUGCAAGUGAAUCCUGGCUUAAAAAUACGUGGAAUUUUAUUAGUGAAUCUGUAAAUGUGAAAGAAGAUCAAGAAAAAAUAAAACCUACUUUUGAUAUUGUUGUUGAUACACUAAAGGAUUGGGCUCUGCUUCCAGGAACUAAAUUUACUGUUUCAGCCAGUCAGCUUGUUGUUCCAGAGGGGGAUGUUUUACUUCCUCUAAGCCUUAUGCAUAUAGCUGUUUUUCCAAAUGCCCAGAGUGAUAAAGUUUUCCAUGCUUUAAUGAAAGCUGGUUGCAUUCAGCUUGCUUUAAACAAAAUUUGUUCCAAAGACAAUGUGAUUGUUCCUCUACUGUCAGCUCACACAGCAAACAUAGAUAAUCCUACAAGCAUUUUGAAAGCUAUACAUUAUAUGGUUCAGACCUCAACGUUUAGAACUGAAAAAUUAGCAGAACAUGAUUUUGAGGCUCUCUUAAUGUAUUUUAAUUGUAAUUUAAGUCACUUGAUGUCUCAGGAUGACAUUAAAAUAUUAAAAUCACUUCCAUGCUAUAAAUCUAUUAGUGGUCGAUAUAUGAGCAUUGCAAAAUUUGGAGCAUGUUAUGUACUUAUAAAAACCAUCCCUUCAGCUGAAGUGGAAAAAUGGACACUAUCCUCAUCAUCUGCAUUUCUUGAAGAAAAAAUACACUUGAAGGAAUUAUAUGAAGUUCUUGGUUGUGUCCCUGUAGAUGAUCUUGAAGUAUAUUUGAAACUUUUACCAAAGAUUGAAAAUCUCUCUUAUGAUGCAAAAUUAGAACAUCUCAUUUACCUGAAGAACAGAUUAUCUAGCAUUGAAGAAUCAUUAGAGAUAAAGGAACAGCUUUUUGAAAAGUUGGAGAGUUUGUUGAUAAUUCAUGAUGCAAGUAAUCGUUUAAAAUCUGCAAAACAUUUUUAUGACAGAACUGUGAGAGUUUUUGAAGUUAUGCUUCCAGAAAAAUUAUUCAUACCUAAGGAUUUCUUUAAAAAAUUGGAGCACCUCACUAAACCCAAGAACCAAGCUUCAUUCUUAACAUCAUGGGUAGCAUUCUUAAGAAAUAUUGGACUAAAAUAUAUUCUUUCUCAACAGCAAUUAUUACAGUUUGCUAAGGAAGUAAGUAUGAGAGCUAAUACAGAAAACUGGUCUAAAGAAACACUGCAAAACACAGUUGAUGUCCUUCUUUAUCACAUAUUUCAAGAACGAACGGAUUUAUUAUCUGGAAAUUUUUUGAAAGAAUUAUCUCUAGUACCUUUCUUAUGUCCUGAACGUGCUCCUGCUGAAUUUAUUAGAUUUCAUCCCCAAUAUCAAGAGGUAAAUGGAACCCUUCCUCUUAUACGGUUCAAUGGAGCACAGGUGAAUCCUAAAUUCAAACAGUCAGAUGUCUUGCAGCUGUUGUGGACCUCCUGUCCUAUUCUUCCUGAGAAAGCAACACCUUUGAGUAUCAAAGAACAAGAAGGUAGUACUCUUGGUCCACAGGAACAACUUGAACAAGUUUUGACUAUGCUCAGUGUUAAUUUAGAUCCUCCUCUUGAUAAAGUUAUUCAUAAUUGCAGAAAUAUUUGCAACAUAACAACUUUGGAUGAAGAGAUGGUAAAAACUAGAGCCAAGGUCUUACGGAGUAUUUAUGAAUUUCUCAGUGCAGAAAAAAAAGAGUUCCGCUUUCAACUUCGAGGAGUUGCUUUUGUUAUGGUAGAAGAUGGUUGGAAGCUUCUAAAACCUGAGGAAGUUGUGAUAAAUCUAGAGUAUGAAUCUGAUUUUAAACCUUACUUAUAUAAACUGCCUUUAGAACUUGGCACCUUUCAUCAAUUAUUCAAGCAUUUAGGUACUGAAGAUGUUAUUUCAACUAAACAAUAUGUUGAGGUGCUAAGCCGUAUAUUUAAGAAUUCUGAAGGAAAGCAGUUAGAUCCUAAUGAAAUGCGCACAGUUAAGAGAGUUGUUUCUGGACUGUUCAAGAGUCUUCAGAAUGAUUCAGUCAAGGUUAGAAAUGAUCUUGAGAAUGUACGAGAUCUUGCACUUUAUCUUCCAAGUCAAGAUGGUAGAUUGGUAAAGUCAAGCAUCUUAGUUUUUGACGAUGCACCACAUUAUAAAAGCAGAAUACAGGGACAUAUUGGGGUUCAAAUGCUUGUUGAUCUGAGCCAGUGUUACUUGGGAAAAGACCAUGGUUUUCAUACGAAGUUGAUAAUGCUUUUUCCUCAGAAACUCAGGCCUCGUCUACUGAGUAGCAUUCUUGAAGAACAGUUAGAUGAAGAAACACCAAAAAUUUGUCAGUUUGGAGCAUUAUGUUCUCUUCAAGGAAGAUUGCAGUUACUCUUAUCUUCAGAACAGUUCAUUACUGGACUCAUUAGAAUAAUGAAACAUGAAAAUGACAAUGCUUUCCUGGCCAAUGAAGAGAAGGCCAUUAGACUUUGCAAAGCCCUUCGAGAAGGAUUAAAAGUUUCAUGCUUUGAGAAGCUUCAAACAACAUUAAGAGUUAAAGGAUUUAAUCCUAUCCCCCAUAGCAAAAGUGAAACAUUUGCUUUUUUAAAACGGUAUGGCAAUGCAGUAAUUUUACUCUAUAUACAACAUUCAGACAGUAAAGACAUAAAUUUCCUGUUAGCAUUAGCAAUGACACUUAAAUCAGCAACUGACAAUUUGAUUUCAGACACCUCCUAUUUAAUUGCCAUGUUGGGCUGUAAUGAUAUUUAUAGGAUCAGUGAGAAACUUGACAGUUUAGGAGUGAAAUAUGACUCAUCAGAACCAUCAAAACUUGAACUUCCGAUGCCUGGCACUCCAAUACCUGCUGAAAUCCACUAUACUCUACUUAUGGAUCCAAUGAAUGUUUUUUAUCCAGGAGAAUAUGUUGGAUAUCUUGUUGAUGCAGAAGGUGGGGAUAUCUAUGGAUCUUACCAACCAACCUAUACAUAUGCUAUUAUUGUACAAGAAGUUGAAAAGGAAGAUGCUGACAACUCUAGUUUUCUAGGAAAGAUUUAUCAGAUUGAUAUUGGAUACAGUGAAUAUAAGAUAGUAAGCUCUCUUGACUUGUAUAAAUUUUCCAGGCCUGAUGAAAGUUCUCAUAGUAGAGACAGUGCACCUUCUACCCCAACCAGUCCUACUGAAUUUCCAGUCCCUGGACUUCGAAGUAUACCUCCCAUUUUCUCUGGAAAAGAGAGCCAUAAGACAUCUUCAAAACAUCAUUCACCCAAAAAGAUUAAGGUAAAUUCUUUGCCAGAAAUAUUGAGAGAAGUGACAUCAGUAGUAGAACAAGCAUGGAAACUUCCAGAAUCUGAAAGGAAAAAGAUUAUCAGACGAUUAUAUUUGAAAUGGCAUCCAGACAAAAAUCCAGAGAAUCAUGAUAUGGCUAAUGAAGUUUUUAAGCAUUUACAGAAUGAAAUUAGUAGAUUAGAGAAACAGGCUUUUAUAGAUCAAAAUACAGAUAGAACAUCAAGGAGAACAUUUUCAACAGCUUCUCGAUUUCAGUCAGACAAAUAUUCAUUUCAGCGAUUUUAUACUUCAUGGAAUCAAGAAGCAACAAGUCAUAAAUCAGAAAGGCAGCAACAAAACAAAGAAAAGGGUCCAUCUUCUGCAGGACAGUCUUAUUCUCAACGGUUUUUUGUUCCACCCACUUUUAAGACUGUAGGUAAUCCGGUUGAGGCACGGAGGUGGUUAAGGCAAGCUCGAGCAAAUUUUUCCGCUGCCAGAAAUGACCUUCAUAAAAAUGCUAAUGAAUGGGUAUGCUUCAAAUGCUACUUAGCCACUAAAUUAGCUUUGAUUGCUGCUGACUAUGCAGUAAGGGGAAAGUCAGAUAAAGAUGUGAAGCCAACUGCACUUGCACAAAAAAUAGAGGAAUAUAGUCAACAACUUGAAGGACUUACAAAUGAUGUUCAUACAUUGGAAGCUUAUGGUGUGGAUAGUUUAAAGACCAGAUACCCUGAUUUACUUCCUUUCCCUCAGAUCCCAAAUGAUAGGUUCACUUCUGAAGUUGCUAUGAGGGUGAUGGAAUGCACUGCUUGUAUCAUAAUAAAACUUGAAAACUUUAUACAACAGAAGGUAUGAAGUGACUAAAGGGAACAAUUUUUAGGUAGAGCUGAAUAUAGAACAUGAUGAAUGCAGACAAACAUUGAUUUGGCCAUCAUACUUCCAUGGGCUGAAUUACCUUUUAUCUAGGAGUUUUUGAAAUGUAGUGCACAAAGUUGAUACUAAAUUUGGAUGGCCAUUAACAUGAAUUCCAACAAAAAACUCUGAGCCUAAAAGAAAAUUAUUUUUACAAAGUUAUAGGAAAAUGAGUUACAUAAUUGUUAAAUGUAUGUAUGAGUGGUUAAAAUGACAUGUUAUUGAACUGCACUUUAUAUAACCAAAGCUUAGCAAUGUGUUAGAUAAGGUCUCAUAUGUUUCUUGUUAGGAUGAAUUUUGCUUAUGUUUCCAACAGGGUAUAAUUGUUUAAGGAAUUAAUGUAACACUGGACAUAUCACUGAGCUAAACAAAUAAGAAGUUGUCUCUGGAGUGAAGAUUUUUAUUUGAGUGGACUUUUUUUUUGACCCAUUGUUCUCUCAUCAGCUGGCUCUGAUUAUGAAUUUGUUCUCAUUUUAUAUCCUAAUAAUACUCAGUAUAUUUAAAUGGUACAGCAUUUUAAUUAUGAAUAUUACUUGAUUAUGCAUUCAUAGUACUUAUAAAAGUGCACCAAGUGCACUUUACACUUUAAGUUUAAAAAGUUUUUAAAAUUUUCUUUUAGUUUGUUUACAAGCUUCCUAUUUAAAGAUUUCAGGUGGAUAGCAUGAAAAUGCGUGGUAGUUUAUUACCAGAUGUUGAUAAUGUUUUUGAAAACUGCUUACCAAAAUAACAUUUUGAAGACUUGUUAUGUUUGUGUACAUAUUCUUUUCAUAAACAUAAUUUGUAUAGUGUGGGUGUACAGGUUGCAUUUUUUUUGUUUCAUAUGUCUAAUGGUGCUGCAAUAUAAUGUUCUAUUUUUUUGUCUUUCACUAUGACACUUCGUGAUCUUUGGGACUUAGUUAACAUUUCAGAUAUUGCAAAUUGUAAUAUCCUUGAUAAUGCCAUAUAAUUAAUUUAGUACUUUUUUAAAAAUAGGAAUUAUUAUUUGGAAGUUUCCUCUCCCCCAGGAUUUGUCCAUAUCUGAUGUUUAAUAUUUAUCAAGUCCAAGUGUAACAUAUUUAUUUACUUGUUAGCACAGUGAAAGUGUAAUUUUUUUUUCAGAAUGUAAAGAGUUCAGUGAUAAUGAGUUUACACAAAUGCAGUAACUGAAAUUAAUUAUUGCAAUCCAAAAGAAAAAUAUGCUGAUAUAGACUUUUAUGCAAUUAAAGGCUUAAAGAAUGUGUUGAAACAUUUUCAUUAUUAUUGGUAACAAAAAGAAUGUUUGCUUCUUGAACAAUGUAUUGCUUCUGAAUGUGAAGCCAUGUAAUUAUUUCUGCUGUUAUAUUAAGUGCCAUAAUUUUAAUAAAGCAAACAUAUACAUACAAAGAAAA